AUUAUAUCCAGUUGCACAAUUCACAAACUAGUCUGAGUUAAAUUGAUAAAACUGUGGAUAGCAAAAGAGACGCAGUGAGAGAGAUGGCAGCAGCUAUUUUAUCUUCAUCUUCUUGCUUCUCAGUUCCCACAAAACUCAAAAACCUGUCCCUCACUUCUUCUUCUUCUGCUAAUUACCCAUCUCUCAGUUUCUCCUCUUCCAUUUCCCACCAUCUCUUCAACAAAGGGUGUUUGUCGAUGAGCGUAGUGGUUAAAAGGCCAAUUGGGCACUCCAUUGUUUGUGAGGCUGCUCCCAUGAAAAGACCUGAUUCUGCUGCUAAAAGAGCUCGUCAAGCUGAGAAACGACGCGUUUACAACAAAUCUCACAAGUCUGAAGUUAGAACCCGCAUGAAGAAGGUCCUGGAAGCAUUGGAUGGUCUGAGAAAGAAACCCGAUGCACAAGCAGAGGAGGUCUUUCCUAUUGAGAAGCUUAUUGCAGAUGCAUAUUCGGUCAUUGAUAAGGCAGUAAAAGUGGGAACGUUGCACAGAAAUACCGGAGCACGCAGAAAGUCACGACUUGCUCGGAGAAAAAAGGCUGUGGAGAUUCACCACGGCUGGUAUACCCCUGCUCCUGCACCAGAAACCGUUACUUAGGAAUUAGGACUCGUGCUUUAUAGUCAGCAUCCGAGCAUCAGUCAAGGUCCUUUUUUGUUUUGUAUUUUGAAGAUCAUUGCUGCUUCUUCCUUUUUCUGUUAUAUAUAUGUAUAAUGCCUCUAGUUGCAUGACAUUGCACAUCAGCUUUAUUUUAGCCUCUUUAGAUGUUACUAA